CCUGUUCAUCAUCCUGCCGUUAGGAGGCGCUGUGGGGUGAACCGUCAGUAGCCAUUGAAGCAGAAACAGCUUCUACUCGCAUCACAUGUGAGUCUCUCGUCUGUGUUGAUCUUGAUGCCCGACCAGCGCUGCUUUCCUCCGUCUGCAUGUGAUUUGGUGUCCUUAUAUACAGUCCAUGAUCUUACAUCGGUGCCCUGAGCACAUCACAGGGAAGAGUGACAUUAUAAAUGAAUAAAUGUGAGAGAACACAAACGCAUCCUACUGAAAGAUCAUCAGAUGUCUGGGACUGCGAACACAUCUGCGACCCCGCAGUACGCAAAAAUGAAAAAGGACGAAUCUUUCCUCGGGAAAUUAGGAGGAACCCUGGUGCGAAAGAAAAAGUCUAAAGAAGUGAGUGAUCUCCAUGAGGAGGGGAAGAAUGCCAUCAAUGCUCCCAUGCUUCCUACAGGGACAGAAAUCCAUCCAGAGGACACACUGAUGGAGGAAAACGCUGAGAGGAUCAUGGUGGACCCAACAUCGCGGGAAAAUCUUAAAUUUAAAGAUCUUUUGAAGGUCCUGAUUGACUGGAUCAACAGUGAGUUGGAGGAAGACAGGAUCAUAGUCAAAGACCUGGAGGAGGACUGUUAUGAUGGACAAGUGCUCCAGAAAUUAUUCGAGUUGUCAGGCAGGAAGCUGAACGUUGCCGAGGUGACCCAGUCAGAGAUUGGCCAAAAGCAGAAGCUUCAGACAGUUUUGGAGGCCGUCAAUGUACUGCUGAGGCCUCACGGCUGGACCAUUGAGUGGAGUGUGGACUCUAUUCAUUCAAAGAACCUGGUGGCUAUUGUCUAUCUGCUGGUGGCUCUCGCGAUGCAUUUCCAGGCCCCCAUCAGGCUGCCUGAGCAUGUUUCUGUGCAGGUGGUCGUCAUCAAGAAACGAGACGGCAUCCUGCGGACGGCUCUUGUGACCAAGGAGUUGACAAGCACCACAGAAAUGAUGAUGGGAAGGUUUGAGAGGGAUGCGUUUGACACUUUGUUGGAUCAUGCACCUGACAAGCUCAACGUGGUGAAAACGUCUCUCAUCACCUUUGUGAACAAACACCUGAACAAGUUGAACCUGGAGGUUACCGAGCUGGAAUCUCAGUUUGCUGAUGGCGUGUACCUGAUAUUGCUGAUGGGGCUGCUAGAAGACUAUUUUGUCCCUCUGUACAACUUCUUCCUCACGCCUGAGAACUUCGAACAGAAGGUCCACAAUGUGGCGUUUGCCUUUGAGCUGAUGCAAGAUGGGGGUCUGAAGAAACCCAAAGCCAGACCAGAAGAUGUUGUCAACCUGAACCUCAAGUCCACCCUCAGAGUCCUCUACAACUUGUUCACCAACUACAAAAACUCUGAUUGAACUUUUCCAGUUUCACCCCCUUAUAUACUUUUGAUCGCUGCGCUGUGCCUGCAAAGAUUAUGCAAGAUUAUUAUCCAUUACAGUCUGGACACCGGAGGAGAACAACUGGGACUUUAAAAUCAUUAUUAUGUGGGACUUAAAAAGAACCAUGGAGAGUAACCUGAAAAAUGCUCUUAAUGUUAGUACUUAUGUCAAAACUUGCUUAUUCCUUCCUGGAAUGCAACCCAGGAAACCCUGCAACUCUUAGCCUGCAUUUGAAUACACAAAAUAGCCGUGACAGGAAAAGGAAUGUUAAAACAGGAAGUAAUUUGUGUUAACCUGGUUACUCUUCAGAAUAUUUAAGAAAGUUGAAAUGCUGUUAUAUAUUAUAAAGUAUCUAAAAUUGAUAUGUGUAAUUAUUAAAAGAGUAGUUUGUUUGCAGAGCUGUUUCCCCCUACGUUCAUCUUUAUGUUAAGCUAAGCUAACCUGCAACUGGCUACACUGUAUCUUCCUAUUUAAUGUGUGUGUGUGUAUGUGUGUGUAUGUGUGUGUGU